GCACCGUUCGGAGCGUGGCCACGCUCAUUCUGUACAUUUAGAAAUACGGUUCAUUUCUUUACAAAUGGAACAUGGAAUGUUAGUGUUGGGUCGAGAGUCUAGCUAGUAUAUCGACAAGCAAUGGAGGAAAAGAGUUAUCAUUAUUUAGUUCUGUUCACAGGACUGUUUCUUUGCCUGUUACACAGUGGCGGGGUAUCAUCGAGCUGCGAUAACAUCAAUCAGAUUGAUUUUGCGGAAAUCACCUAUGAGCCGGAGGGUUUAGUACCCCACCCUGACGGGACUGUUGCGAGUAUUGAGUGUGGUGUCUUUUAUCAGAUCGUGCCCACAGCUUUUGAGAGAACAACAUGCACCGAUGGAUCGUGGACAGGACCGUUGCCCCGAUGCAGACAUGUUCCGAGAUAUUGCCAUCGUAAUGAAGACUUGGUCCAGAUCUACGGACGGGAUUGUCAGACCCAAUGCAGGAAUCGUCUCAAUGGGGCUUGUCUCGGAAACAAGCAAUGUCACUGCGAUGGGGUUUGUGGAUGGAGUUGUAUUUCAAUUUACGAGGACAAUUUUUGCCCGGAAGUGGCUGACCAAGCAGGUCGUUUGGUGACCUACGACCCCCCUGAACGGCGAUUCAAUGGCUUCGCCGAUUUCUCUUGUGGGGAUGGCUACAUUUAUCAUUCUGGGAGCAGCAGGCUACUGUGUAUGAGCAACAGACAGUGGGGUGGAGGAAACGAAUUUGUGUGCAUCCCAAACGAUAAUCAGAAUCCUGUGAUCACAUGCCCAGCUGACUUCACUUCCGAUACACUCACUGUAUCAUUCCUGGUGUAUGUCACAGACAAUGCUGACCCUGCACCAGCGUUGACCUACGAUCCUCUAGGGCCAGGUUCUACCUUCCCUCUGGGUCCAACGACAGUCACUGUCACAGCCACAGACAGUUCCUCGAACCAUGACUCAUGCACAUUUACUGUUACGGUGAUAGAUAAUCAGAAUCCUGUGAUCACAUGCCCAGCUGACUUCAACUCCGAUACACUCACUGUAUCAUUCCUGGUGGAUGUCACAGACAACGUUGAUCCUGCACCAGCGUUGACCUACGAUCCUCUAGGGCCAGGUUCUACCUUCCCUCUGGGUCCAACGACAGUCACUGUCACAGCCACAGACAGUUCCUCGAACCAUGACUCAUGCACAUUUACUGUUACGGUGACAGUGCCAUGUGGACAUCUAAUGAGGGCCUCUCGUAACACUAUUGAAAUACUAUAA